GGGAAGGUAAAAGAUACUACAGAAGUUUUUCAGCCAAACUUUACGGUUUUAACAGGGCAAAGUAUUUCGCAAUUCAAGCAAGACUCUCUAACUUGAGUUGUUCCAGAAAAUAUUCUGGAAGAAAACAUUCAAAGUACAUUUUAUAGCUUCUUAAUUACUUUCAACUGGAUUCAAUUAUAAAAUUGGCUUUUAUUCUUGGAUUAAUUCCGAAAUUUGUAAAAAAUUAUAAAAUGUGUUCUGAUCCAGGCCCUUCAUCAAAAUGGCUUGAUUUGAGAGUCCCCCUCUCAGUUUUAAGACCAGAAUUACUCCUAACAACAGGCCAGUCUUUUACGUGGAAGUGUGUGGGAGAUAAACACUGGGUUGGAGUUUUGGGGUCUAGUGUGUACGAAAUUAAGCAGUCUACCGAUACAACUCUCUAUAGAACAUUGUUUGGAACUUGUUCAAGAGAAAAGCUGUGGGAUUACUUUGACCUUGACAACGAAUAUUCUGUGGACUUUAAAAAGGCACCAAAGUCAGUUAAACAAAUUUUAAAACGCAGAUCUGGAGUAAGGAUUUUACAGCAGGAACCGUUUGAAUGUCUUAUUUCAUUCAUCUGCUCCUCAAACAAUAAUAUUACGAGGAUUACACGCAUGCUUAACGAGAUUAAGCGUAACUUUGGCACAUUUCUGGCUAAAUCUGAAGUUAAUAACGAGAUUUUUGAUUUUUAUGCAUUUCCGUCGGUUGACCAGUUGGGAAGGGCAACCCCUGAACAACUGAAGAAAUUGGGUCUAGGAUAUAGAUCCGAGUUCAUAUUUAGAACAGUUGAGAUUUUAAACUCUCGAGGUCUUAAUUGGCUAUAUUCACUCAAAAAUGAAGAUUCAGACACUUGUAAAUCAGCUCUAACAUCACUACCAGGAGUUGGCAGAAAAGUGGCGGAUUGUGUAUCUCUGUUUUCGUUGGGGAAACGAGACGUUGUACCAGUAGAUGUUCAUAUUCAAAAAAUUGCAAAUACAAUGUUUGGAGUAAAAUGUGGGAAAUCACUGUCUGACUCAGACUAUGAACGCAUAGGAAGUGCGUUUCGGAACUUUGCAGGGGACAACGCUGGGUGGGCACAGGCUGUUUUAUUUAUCGACUCUGUGGUCAAGAGCUAAUGUUUAAUCCUUUACUGUUUAUAAACAA